AUGAAUCAACUUUACAUGCCAUUCAAAGCCAUGGCUAUCGAAGUACAACAAAUCAUCGAACUCAUCCUCGCUAUUUUCUUCCCUCCAUUGGCGAUUUUCAUCCAUGGUUCUGACUGUAACAUCCAUGUAGCCGUUUCAAUUAUUCUCUGUUUCUUAUUCUACGUACCAGCCAUCAUCCACGCUCUCUGGUACUGCUUCUUCAGAUCUUAG